UUUGAGUUUUCGCCAUGUCCUUCUUGCGCGCUGCCACGUUGACGACGAGCCUUUGGUCGCGCAGCGCCGUGGGCUUUGCCCAGCCGCCCACGAUGAUGUGCAUGCAGGUGCGCGAGAUGGGCUACAAGCUCAAGACCAAGUCGGGCGUCAAGAAGCGCUUCUUCGUCAACAGCAACGGUCACAUCAAGCGCGCCGUGGGCGGCAAGCGCCAUUUGGCGACGGACAAGACGCGCCAGCGCAUUCGCCGACUGGGCAAGGCCGCGACUGUCCUCGGCAAGAUGAAGAAGAACAUUCUGGAGAUGUUGCGCGUGUAGAUUGUUAGACCUAGGCACGACGGCGCAGACACUAAUACAGCCUUUCGCCCACGUCCUUAGACCAAGGCGAGGACGCCAAGCACGAUCACGGCUAGGUGUGGCGCAC